CUUGCACCGAACAUCUACUAGAUAUUUGUCGGCACCUAACUCCAAGUAAUAACACUUCACUCCCCGAUCCCGCAACCCUACAACCCCACAAUCCUCGAAUCCAGAAAAAAAAUGCUCUUCACCAACGCCACCAUCAUCACCCUCUCCCCCACGCGCCAAAUCCUCCUCCACGGCGCCAUCCACACCACCGGCCCCCUCAUCACCGCCAUCGACAAAACCCCCCUCCUGCUCGCCAGAUUCCCCCAUGACGACAUCGUCGACCUCACCGGCCACAUCAUCAUCCCCGGCCUGGUCUCCACGCACAUGCACACCGCGCAGACCCUCCUGCGCGGCUGUGCCGACGACCUCGAGCUGGUGUCGUGGCUGUGCGAGCGCAUCUGGGUCCUGCAGGGCAAUUUUACCCCUGCGGAUGGGUACGCCGCCGCCAGGUUGGGGAUCGCGGAGAUGUUGAAGGCCGGGACGACGUGUUUUUUGGAGUGUAUGUUCGCCGACCGCUACGGCUUCGACGGACUGUGUCGCGCCGUGGAGGAGAGCGGCAUCCGCGGGUGCCUGGGCAAGAUCGUGAUGGACACGGGGCGGUACGCGCAGGACGACGCGUGGGCAAUGCAUCCGGGGCUGGUGGAGGAUCGCGAGACGUCGCUGAUGGGGACGAUGCGCAUGUGGGAGAAGUGGAACGGGAGGGCGGAUGGGCGCAUUCGAGUGUGGUUUGGGGCGAGGACCCCCGGCGGCGUCUCCGACGCCCUCUACCGCGAAAUGACCGCCCUCUCCCGCCAACACAACAUCCCCAUCACGAUGCACUGCGCCGAAGUGCGCGCCGACCUGGACUUCUUCGCCUCGACCGGCAACCACAGCGCCAUGACCUACUGCCAGAGCGUGGGCCUGCUGUCCCCCACCACCGUGCUCGCCCACAUGGUCCACCUCUCGGACGAGGACAUGGCCCUCCUCGCCGCGUCCGGCACCCACGUCGCGCACUGCCCGACCUCCAACGCCAAACUCGCCUCCGGAACCUGCCGGGUGCCCUCGCUGCAGCGCGCAAACGUAAACGUCACCCUGGGAACCGACGGCGCGCCAUGCAACAACUCCUGCGACAUGUUCCAAGAAAUGAAACUGGCCGGAAUAAUCCACAAGGGGGUAAGCGGGGACCCGACGGUCGUGACGGCGGAGGAGGUGUUGGAGAUGGCGACGAUCAACGGGGCCAAGGCGUUGGGCUUACAGGAUAGUAUUGGGAGUUUGGAGGUGGGGAAGAAGGCCGAUUUCGUGGCGAUCGAUGCGCGGGGCGUGGCGAUGCAGCCGUGGUUUAAUCCCGUCAGUGCGGUGGUGUAUUCUGCUACGGGGAGGGAUGUGAGGUUGGUGGUUGUGGAUGGGAAGGUCUUGGUCAGAGAUGGGCAACUGGUGACGAUGGAUGAGGGUGAGGUGGUCCGAGAGGCGAAGAGGUGUAGUCGCGAGGUGGUGGAGAGGGCGGGCUUGCAGGGGAGAGUGGGGGGGAGAUGGCCUGUUGUAUAA